GUCGCGCAGGUGCGGGCACACUGGUACACGGGGGUGCGCCUCGCUGCUGUCGGGGAUUCGCACCCCUAGGCACCCGAAGGCCGACCGUUUUCCCGCCGCCGCACAAACGUGCUGUCUCGCCUGAGGAGGCCUGACAGGCAGUGAUUUCGCACGGGAGCCCACUGUCGCGGGCUGACUCAAGAAGGGCCUCGGUGAGUCCCUGGUGCGUGCACUCCUCCUUGGAAAAGAAAGAAGAGGAUGAGGAGGAGGAGGAGGAGGAGGAGGAGGAGGAGGAGGAGGAGGAGGAGGAGUCACGAUGAGGACGAGGCGACGAGGAGGCGCAGCAUCGCGCAUGCGGGGCACGGACAGCUUGUCCAGAACCGCAUGCGGAGGGGGCGUCCCGCGCGAGCGCGGCGCGGCGCCCCUCGGCGCGGCGAGGCGGGGACGCGCAGCCCCUUCGGGGGGGACGCGCCCUCGGAGCUCUCUACGCCCGCCGACCGCCCGUUGGUUUAAAAGUCCUCGACGGGCUGCGGGCUCGGAUUCGCGGUGUAUGCACCAGGGCCCCCCUCCUCUGAUGGGCCGAGGUUCCACCACCGCUGCAAUGUGGGCAGGGGAGGGGGGAGGAGGCGGAGGCGGAGGAGGAGGAGGAGGAGGAGGAGGAGGAGGAAGAGAAGGAAGAGA